UCCAAACUGCUGCAACCAGCAGACGGACGUCUCACACUCAUACCGAGGAGAUGAGACUGCACCCAAACCCCACUGAUAAAUCAAGAGAUCUUCCUUUAGCAAUUAAAAGAUGAUCAUAGCAGGUGCUGAUGGGUCAGAGGGGCAAGACCAGCCUUUAUAAGCAGCAUCUGCUACAGAUCCUCCACCACAACUCUGCAGGAUCCUGAGGAGAGAAGAACAGAGGAGAACAGAAGAAAUGUAUCGACCAACAAACAAUUUGUUAAAGGUGCAGCUCAACUGUGAGAAGAACAACAAGGAGCAUCGCACUGAUGACAUCGCUCCGAACAAACUGAUAGUGCGGAGAGGGAAACCCUUCCAGCUGACCUUCCUCACAGAGCGGCCCUUCCAACCAACGCAAGACUACUUCGAGAUAACUGUGGAGACGGGUCCGAAUGCAUCUGAAUCAAAAGGCACAAAGUCAUCUUUUGGAUUUCAAGCUCGUUCUGGUCCUGGAAAACCCUGGAGCAUGCAGCUGAUCAGCAGCACAACCACAAGCUUCACAGUGUCCAUCUGCCCUCCAGCCAACGCCUGUGUAGGACUCUACUCUCUGUCUGUGAAGACGACACCCAGCAGCGCAUCAUUAACUGCGUUAGGAUCACUGAUCAUUCUGUUUAACCCCUGGUGUGAAGAUGACUCUGUGUACAUGGUGAAGGAGGAGGAGAGGAGGGAGUAUGUGAUGAGUGAACAGGGGAUGCUGUACACAGGCAGCUCGGACAGUAUUCAUGCUGUAGGCUGGGACUUUGGACAGUUUGAGGAUGACGUUAUUGACAUUUGCCUGAAGCUCCUGGACAAAAAUCCAAAAUGUGUAAGAAAUGCAGCAGAGGAUUUUUCUGCACGCUGCAGCCCCAUCUAUGUCGGCCGGGUGGUCAGUGCCAUGAUAAAUGUGAAUGAUUAUGAUAACGGCGUGCUGGCCGGGAGAUGGGACGGAUCGUACAGUGAUGGGGUGAAUCCGGGGUCCUGGAGCAGCAGUGUGGAGAUUUUACGGAAGUGGAUUCAGAACGGAUGUGGUCCAGUGAAGUACGGACAGUGCUGGGUCUUUGCGGCUGUCAUGUGUACAGUGCUGAGGUGUUUAGGAAUUCCUUGCCGCGUCGUCACCAACUUUGACUCAGCUCACGACACCAACACCAACCUCACGGUGGAUGUGUUUAUUAAUGAGAAUGGAGUUGAGGAGAAGGAAGACAGUAUAUGGAACUUCCAUGUGUGGGUGGAGGCCUGGAUGAAGCGACCUGAUAUCUCUGACUCAUCCUUAUAUGACGGCUGGCAGGUCCUGGAUCCAACUCCACAGGAGAAGAGUGAAGGAUCUUACUGCUGUGGUCCAGCUCCACUGAAGGCCAUCCUAGAGGGUCACACCAAUCUGAAGUAUGACGUUCCCUUCGUCUUCGCAGAGGUAAACGCAGAUGUAGUGAAAUGGAUUGUGCAUCCUGAUGGCUCCAGGAAAAAGCUCCGGACAGACACGUCCAGCGUCGGGAAUCGCAUCAGCACUAAAGCUGUGGGGACUGACAGAAGACUGGACAUCACCAACCUCUACAAACACCAAGAAGGUUCAAAAGCAGAAAGAGAUGAAUUCAACAACGCCAUGAGAAACAUGGGUCUUUCUGAGGAUCCAGCUCCUGCAGCCGUAGUAAUGAAGAUUGAGGAGGUUGUAAAGCCAGUAACUGGAUCAGAUAUCAAGCUGAAUUUGACUCUCCGUAACACUGGCUCCACCCCUCAGACUCUUAUUCUCCAGAUAAAUGCACAGACCAUGAGGUACACCGGAACCCCCUCAGGAAACAUCUACAAGGACCAGAAAGAGAUUCAACUACAACCUAAUAAAGAGCAAAGCGUUCCCAUCACCAUUCCUUUCGCUGAUUAUGGAGAGAAAAUGCUCAAUAACAACAGCAUUAAAGUUUCUGCAGUGGCCAAGAAUGCAAAAGACCCUAAAGAGGUUUACAUGGCUGACAAAGACAUAGUCCCACACAGCCCACCACUUACUAUCACAGUGAAAGGAACAGCUGUUCUGUAUAAUGAUCUUAUCGUAGAGGUGAUGUUUGAGAAUCCUCUGUCUGAAACCCUGAAGAACUGCUCCAUCACACUGGCAGGAAGCGGCCUGCUGUCAUCGCCGGAGAUAAGCCAGAUUGCGACGCUCAACGCAGGACAAAGAGUGAGAGUCAUCGUGACGUUUCAGCCCUACAGGACUGGCCUCAAGAAACUGGUGGCUGAUUUCCAGUGCUCAAACUUCACUAAAAUCAACGCCAGCUGCAACAUUGACGUCAAACCAUCCAGCCGCAACUGAGUAAAAAUUGCAUUUCGUGGUUAUAAAAUGUUCAUUAAAAAGGACAAGACUGAAGCGUUUAGAUAACGUCUAUGGAAGUCCUUGUGCUGCACUAUAUGGAUAAAGGUUUGGGGAUGCCUGCUUAUUUAUUGUUUCUUCUUCUUUUUUAGUUUAUUCUGGUUUUGUUGGAAUUGGAACUGCACUGUCAUCAGAUUUUGACUUAAAGCACUAGAUCAUCCCAGAAGUACUGAAUGAAAUAACACUAAUCAAUCAAGAGAGUGAGAUAAAACACUGUGUAUAACUCUAAACACAAUGUCAUGUCUGGUCUGAACAUGUUAAAAUAAAAGUUUUAAAUGUG